UAGUUGAAUCGUAGAUUGAGAGAGACUGAAUAUCCAGACCCGGUGAUUAUCAAAAGAGAUGGAAGGAGCGCGAGGUGCUGCGGCUCGGCUGCGUGUGCGUCUGCGUUUCUACUCCUCGAUCAACUCUUUGAUAAUCACCAAGCAGCCCGCUGAUCGCGAAAGAACGCUAAUCGAGCAGCAAUGGCUCUAGACUACGAUACAGUCGAUAACUCAGGCGAAAAGGAAGCCGUGGAUGACGAGUACAUUGACUACGAGCUCUUCACAUCUCCGGACUUCAACGCUACCGUGUUCUGCAACCAGCUCGUGCUGGCGACGAAUACCGCCUCGGAUCCGCACGUUGACUUGAAUGCUGCGCAGCAGCGGGUACAAUUUGAUCUUGAGGAGGUUGAGAAGCUGUUACAUAAAGAGGCGGUCGAGAACCACUCAUCCUUAAUAUCACACGCCCAGAAACUGAACGUCGUCGACUCAGUCCUUACGACGGCAAAGACCUCACUCGGAUCAGUCACGCAGUCAUUUUCGCGUCUGGAUCACGAGGUCCUGACGCCGUAUCAUACCGCGCUGCCGAUUUACAGGGUGCUCACGAAACUUCACGCAACCGCAAACUUGCUCCGAGCGUUCACCUGGUUCAUGUACCUCGUGCGACAACUGAGCGGGGUACAGCAGCAGGCGGCAAAGCUUGUAGCAAACAGCAGAGUCAGCUCUCCUGCUCCCGGUGGAGAAAGAUCGCGGUCAGCCACGCCAUCGUAUGGCCAGCACCAGCAGUAUCAACAAGCAAGGCCUCAGAUGAACGCUGCUGACGCCGCGGAGGCGUCUAGGCUGAACGUGCGCGCGGCAAAGACUUAUGCGGAAAUGACGCGGCAUUUGUCGGGUUUUCCGAAGCUGAGGACGUUGAAGGCGGUUAAUGAGGUUGAGGCUGCUGUGAAAGCUAGUCGCGAUCCUGGUGGACCACCUUUGAGAUAGACGGUACUGUCUUGUACUUUUGUUGAUGAAUUACGGCGUUAUUUGUGGUUUCGUGUUUUGAAUGUCAAGAGAUGCUGUACUGUGACUUGUUGGAGACAGCUUCAGAUAUAUAACUAUUAAAUUCUGAAUAUAUUUUAAUGCCAGACAAAAAUCAAAACGCCUGAUUGCUACAUAAAACAUAAUCACAUCCACCCACUCUUUGCUCCUUCAUUCGUUGAUAUCCAGUAUCCUUCUAAUGAUCUACCACCGCGAUAUCAGAUAACCCCCCACCUCCAAAAUAACUUAUUUGACAAAAUAAAGAAAACAUAUUAUAGACAAUUACUCCUUACCAGCUCUGUACUCGACAUGAAUUACCCAAAUAUUAAAUAAAAAGUAGAAAAACAAGAAAGCGAAGAUAUGAGAAAGAUAGAUGCGUAAAUCAGACGGUGAGUGCACUCAGAACCUCAUCUCGCUCUCCAUCCGAUUGAUGACUGCCUUCCGUCUCCGGGCGACA